AUGUUUUCUCCGUUGCCCGAGCAAAACGAACCCGCCCCACAUCCCCCACCACCCCUUUCCAAGACGCAACGGUUACUAUCAUGGGCCUCACGAUCGGUCUCGGGGAUGUAUGCCGAAUGGUACUCAAUGAAAAAUGUUAUGGUCCGCUUCUCGAGUAUUGCCAUUGCUUUAUACGGGUAUGAUCAAGGUAUGAUGUCCUUGGUCAAUACAAACCAGUCUUAUCUCCGCACCAUGGCCAUUCCGGAAGACUCCCCUUUCGUCGGUGUUAUCGUUUCCAUCUACUACAUCGGGUGUCUCUUCGGUGCGAUUUUGGCUUCAUUUAUAGCCGAUAAGAGGGGGCGGAAGACUGCGAUUUGGGCGUGUCUUUGGACGAGCGUCAUCGGUGAUAUCCUCAUGUUCAUCCCGGGCAUCUAUCCCUUCAACUGCGACAACCCAUGGCGUGGAGCCUCGAUAGUACUCAUGAUUGUUGGCCGUGUGGUUCUUGGGUUGGGUAUUGGGGGCAUUGAUGCCGUUAUUCCAAUUUAUAGCUCGGAGCUCUCUAAGGAUGACUCCCGUGGCUCCUCAAUGGCAAAAGAAUUUCAAGCAAAUAUUUUAGGAUUGCUUACCGCUUUUGGAAUCAACGUUUUCCUUACUCACACGAGAGGAAAGGAUAGCGAAUUAGCCUGGAGGUUUCCUAUUGCAGCCAUGCUAAUAUUCCCCAUCGUUCUACUCCUCAUAGUUAGAGGCUUGCCAGAAUCGCCGCGUUGGUUUAUUAGCCAAGGAAGAUUGGAUCACGCCAGAGACGUCCUUCUAAAAUUCCACGGGGAAGCUGAAGCGGAGCAUAAGCUGGAGGAACUGUGCAAGGCACAAAGUGAAGAAAUGGAUCACAGAAUUGGAUACUACGACAUGGUCUGGCCUACCGGUAGUCAAUUCCACCCCACCAUGAUCACAGUAAUGGGCCAGAUCAACCAAGCAUUGACAGGCUACGGAGCUGUCUCGGUGUACGGCCCUCAGAUAUUUGAGCUCCUGGGAUUUCCCGUUCGAGAAGCAGAACUUUGGACUCUCGGGAACUACUUUUUUUAUGCCACCACGAUGACAUUGGCUUGGAUAUUAAUCGACCAAGUCGGCCGAAGGAGAUUGAUGCUCAUAGGAUCAGUUGGCCUAUCGACCUUUUACCUUGUUUUAACGUUUUUGGGCUCUCAGUCUGUUACAGAGCAGUCCGACACCCCGGAAUGGUUGUUGCCGGCUUUGGGGAUAGCCACACUAUAUACGUCGACAGCGACUUUUGGAAUAUGCUGGCUGACUACCGUUUGGCUAAUCCCGACCGAAAUCUACCCAAACUGUGCGCGUGCAGCAGGAAGCUCUAUUAGCGUCAUCAUAUGGGGUCUCUCCAACUUUGUCGUCACGUUGUUAACUCCGAUUGGAUUCAACAAUUUGAAGUACUGGCUGUUCCUUGUGUUUGCCAUCACCAACAUAGUAGCUGGAGUUCUUACCUGGUUAUUAUCGCCUGAGACAGGUGGCAGGAGCUUCGAGGAAAACCAGAGAUUCUUCGCAUUAGCCAAAGACGACGGUAGCUGGCUCGUGAGGAAUAUUGCUAGUGGAAAAUAUAGAGCCAUGCCGCGAAAGGAGGAUAAUGACGAGGACGUCGGCGUAGAAAAUGCCGAAGUAGAAGACUCUAAGGGUGAAAAUGCUAGAGGCGAAAACUCUCGGGGUCAGCCUUCGGAGACGACACCCUUGUUGGGAGAACGGAUUGAAUAG